AUGUCCAGCAUUGUGUCCAACGUCCCGAACGUCGGAGAUGCGUUCACAGAUCUUCUAACCAUGUACCAUGAAUUCAACCCGCCCCGGGUCGAAAGUGUAGAUGGCGCCCCGACAUCGCUACAAUUUGCUCGAUAUGUAGCAAAGAACCAGCCGGUUGUUUUCCGGGGUGCAACCGCAAACUGGGAAGCCGUAAAGAAGUGGAAGGUGGGGUAUCUGAAACAGAAGAUGGAGGGGAGAGAUAUUAAGGUUGCCAUGACGCCAUUCGGGAAUGCCGACUCGGUGGUCUCUGUGAAUGGGGUGGACUACUUUGUGCAGCCGCACACAUUAGAGGAGCCUUUCGCUGAGUUCGUAGACUACCUGCGGGCUCCGGUGGAGGAUAGCACAACAGUGAAAUAUGCUCAAUCCCAAGAUAACAAUCUCCAUGACGAGUAUUUACCGCUCUUGUCUGAUAUUCCGGCCGACGUGGGCUUUGCGACUGAGUUCUUUGAGCGCGAGCCCGAUGCUACAAAUAUUUGGAUUGGUAACGACCGCUCGGUAACUACACUGCAUAAAGAUCAUUAUGAGAACCUAUACUGUCAGGUGUCUGGGAAGAAGAAUUUUGUGAUUCUUUCCCCGCUUGAAAUUGCGUGUGUAGAGGAGCGGGAGUUACCUACAGCGAAGUAUGUACCCGACGCAAAGGGCGACUGGAAAAUAGUGCCCGAUGAACCGGAAGAUUGGCUGCCAGGAUGGGCAACAGUUGAUCCCGAUAGCCCUUUGGAAAGAGCGGGAGUGUUCUGGAAGUAUUCUAGACCGCUCAGGGUGACAUUGGAGCCUGGAGAUAUGUUUUACCUUCCAGCUUUGUGGUAUCAUAAAGUCUCACAGGAAUGUGGUGAGGAAGGGGUUUGCUGCGCCGUCAAUUACUGGUAUGAUAUGGAUUUUUCUGGGCUAUUCUAUUCAACUGUUUGGUUUGCGCGGACUGUUACCCCCAUCUUGCGAGACGAGAUCAAAGAACUUGAAAACAAUAAGAGCGAGCUCAAGGAGGGUGAGGCCGUCAAUAGGACGGAUUGA